AUGGCAAGUUUAACAGUGUUGUUGCGUCAUUCUGGCAAGUGGAACGAUGAGAGCAAUUACGUUGAUUUUUCAAUUGAGGGAAUACUGAUAAAGGAGUCUGCGUCGUAUAAUGAUUUGGUUGCUUCAAUUUCUAAUCAACUGGGCAUAGAUUUGAGCACAAAAUCCAUUAAAAUUAAAUACAAAGUAGAAGGGAAGAGCACGCCAAUGGAAAUACACAAUGACAUGGGUUACAUGGUGUAUGUAGAGUUAAAAAAAGAUAACAGAGAAUUCGGGAUGUAUCCUUUGUGCAUAAUAACGAUUGAAAAAGAAUUUGUAUCCGGUGGAGAAGCAAUUGGGGUGUUUGAACUGGACAAGGAUUUGAUAAUUUCAAAAACUAGUCAAAGGGAGGUUAUUGUUGGACAAGUAUAUAAGGAUAAGGCUACAUUGAAAGAGGUGAUGGAGAAUUAUGCUAUAUCGCAAAGGUUUCAAUUCUGGGUUGAUAGGUCUAAUGCUGUCAGCUAUGCAUUAUUAUGUAUGUCAGAAGAUUGUGAAUGGAGGUUUAAGGUUUCAAGCAUUAACAAAUCAGAACUAUUUAAAGUGAGAGAGUUCAUUGAUAACCAUACAUGUCCUCUGAAGGACAAGGUGUAUGAGCAGCGACAAGCAAGCAGCAGCCUUAUAUGUGGUAUGAUUAGGCCUAAGCUUACUAAUCAUAAGAGAAAAUACACCCCAAAGGAUAUUAUUGAUAAUGUGAAAUCAGAUUUAGGUGUAGAUGUUAGCUACAUGUUGGCGUGGAGGGCUAAAGAAAAGGCAAUGAAUUUUUUGAGAGGUGAACCGGCUGAUUCAUACAAAAAAUUACCAGGAUACUUAUAUACAAUGGAUAUGACAUAUCCAGGUUCCCACAUCAAAAUGGGGUUUGAUCAUUGUAGACCCAUUGUUGUUGUGGAUGGAAGUCACCUAAAAUCUUACUACACCGGGACAUUUGUUUCGGCAAGCACAUCGGAUGGUGCAGCAUAUGGUGUUAUUGAUUCAGAGAACGAUGCUGCUUGGACGUGGUUCUUUGAGCAAUUCAAGAUAGCAUACGGUGACAGGGAAAACAUGUGCAUCGCUUCAGAUAGAAAUGAGAGUAUCAUUAAAUCUGUAUCGAGAGUGUAUCCAGAUGUACCUCAUUUUGCUUGUAUAUGGCAUCUAUGGAGCAACAUAUAUAAUAAAUUCAAAAAGAGCCAUGCAAAGUUGAGCGAGAUAUACUUCUCGAUGGCAAAAGUAUACACACAAGCUGAAUUUGACAGUCUGGUGGAGAAGGUGGAGAUGGUAGAUAUUAGGGUGAAAGAAUACUUGGAGUUAGCUGGAUACGAAAAGUGGGCUAGGUUGUAUGCACCUGUUAACAGGGGAUGGACCAUGACGUCAAAUAUUGUUGAGUCAAUCAAUGUCGCACUAGUGUCAGCAAGGAAAUUGCCAAUAUACGACUUCCUCGAAGAAGUUAGGAAGAUGUUUGGACGUUGGAAUUGUUGUAACCGCAAAGAAGCUACACAGACAUACACAACGCUUGGAAAAAAAUACCAGGAGAUGCUGACUUUGAAUGAGGCAAUGUCUACACGCAUGACUAGCAAGUUUCUAAUGCCAGAAGAAUAUUGCUCUAACUAUUACAAACCAAAUUCUGUUGUAAUGACAUACGAUGUGCCUGUGUACCCGCUACCGGACAGAAAUGACUGGAAUAUACCAGCACAUGUUGCAGAGGAGGUUGUAUUACCACCCAAAUGGAAAAGACCUCCUGGAAGGCCAAAGAAGAAGCGCGAUAAACCUUUAAGUGAAUUGCUGCAGCCGAAAAAUCAACAUUCAUGUAGCAUAUGUGGGCAGGGAGGACAUAACAAGCGAACGUGUAGAAAUGCUCCACGUAGGAUUUAG